UUACAAACCUCGACAAUGUUUGCUCGCAUUAACAUUCCAAACAGAGUCUUUGGAAAAAUCUCUAUAAAUAGCGAGGAAAGCUUGGGACAGAGACAGAGAGAAACAGAGAUCAGGGAAAAGGAAAAAUUAAAGAGCAGAGGAGGAGGAGGAAUGGAGUCGGUUGCUAGGCCAGCAGAAGGCAAGAUAGGAGGUGGAGGAGGGGCCAAUGGGCCAUAUACAAGAGAGAGGUGCGGACACUUUCAGAUGCCGCUGCACUAUCCCAGGUACAGCCGAGCCGACUACGAGACCAUGCCGGAGUGGAAGCUUGACUGUUUGCUUAACGAGUAUGGACUUCCCAUCACUGGUGAUGUCCACCAGAAGAGGAAGUUUGCCAUGGGAGCUUUCCUUUGGCGUUAUUGAUUAUUUACUUCUUCUUCUUCUUCUUUUAAUUAUCUAACUUAUGCUUAAUUUUUACCUUUGUUUCUUUUAAUGUACUAGUUUAUUGUAUAUUUUAUGUAUCUGGCUAUUAUUUAGCGUGGUAUAAUGAAUAAUAGUUUAGUUCUGUUUCCCGUGGCCAGAUUUUAGAUUUUGGUUCUAAUAUAUGUAUGUGGAUUAUCGUGAUGAUGAAUGAAAAUCCGGUUUUCUACUCGUUGUAAAUUAAA